ACUUUGUGGUCCUCGGAGCCUACAAUGCAGCUUGAUGAUCAAGUUUUUAUAUCUAGCUCCUGCUUUAAGCAGCAUGAGAGGAAAAAUGGCGCAUUGGUUAGAUCACUGUUGUCUUCUCUACACAUUUUGGUCACUGUCAAUCGUUUCAUUCACACUCUGGGGAAAUUUAAUUGAAGUGUGUUUUUCGCUUGUUACAAAACAUUCCAACUAUUUCGAGGAGUAUUUGAAUACUAAAACUAAUUAACAAUAAGAGCAAAAUAUAAUGGUAUGUGGAAAUCUUUAAAUUAGUAAGAGCGCGAAAUUUUUUUUAGUUGAAAUAGAUUAAGCUACAAUUUUAAAACAGUGACGCACAUUAUGCUUCCUUGACAGCUAAUUUCGAACUUGAACUUUAUCAAUGCAGAUUGUGGUGGAAAAAGCAAGAGAUUUCAACAGAUUUGAUGCAUUUUCACAGACACAUAAACGACCACAAAUUUUCCGGCUGUUACUGUGAGCAAUAAUCUGAUGUAGUCCAAUUAACUGGCUAAAUAAUUUCUGAAUGCAAAAUUUUAUUUCUAAAUCUGAGAUGAAUAACGUCAUUGACGGCGAAAAUUUGUACUUAUCUCAGGUUUUGAAAUAGCUUCGCAAAAACGGACCUAUUUAGAAUCAUUCAAAGAGAUAACUGCUAUUUGGGCGUUUUUUUUAUUACGAAAAUAAACAAACAAACUCGGACCGGGAGGUGGUCAUUGCGGGAUUCCGUGAUCCGAUUGCGUUUUAUGGCUAUUUUGAAAAUUCACAGAAUAAGUAAUUUGUGGUUUGAAAACACAUGAAUAAAAAGCAAAGCUAGUUGUCUACUGGGCAUAAACAAACAUGCAUUAAGCGAAUCAAGAAGACGAGGAGUUUGAGGCCUUGAUUCAGUGUUUCAGAUGGACUUUAACUGAGAAGAGAUAAAUGCUAGAACAACUCUGCAACAUAAGAGAACAAAGCAUCGCGACAGAUACAAGAUACUAGCUGAUACUAGCGGUUAUUAGCAAACAUGUAAGAAUUGCGAGUUUGGAAACACCCUGAAGUAUAUUGAAAAGAUAUGGUGAAGACAUCAGUGAAGGCUUGAAUCGAUUUGUAAAGCUCGUUGCUGUAUUUAAGUUGAUUGAAUAUGAUUGGCGUUGCAGAGAAAAAGAGACUUUUGCAAGAGCAAGUUGCAUUGCGCAGGCUAUAUUACUGCCAUCCUUUGGUGUUGAACAAAAGCAUAAUUGAUCAAUAUUCUGAAAAUUUAGGACGUGAAGCCAAAAAUAAUGAAAAAGGGAGGCCGAAUAGAGGACCGUUGUUGCCAGCAAGAAAAGCGAGGCCAAACAACCAUAGUCUUAUCAGUAACUAUGCAUGGAGCUCCUACCCAGGGGCUGUGAAGGAGAGAAGAAGUUUUGGUGGAAGCACGACACGAUCACAAAGUGCAGAUGCCUCUGUUGCUGAAUUUGAAAAUUAUAAUUUAUGCAUUGGAAAACAAAUACACCCCCGAGACGGGGCACAAUCAGCACCUCCUGUGUUGUCUUCCCGAAGCUAUAAGGAGAAAAAGCUGCUGAAGAAACGAGAAACAUGUCUUAAUAAUGAGUUAAAGACUGGCAGCGCUAAAAGCGAAAAGUCUAUACAACGCUUAAACACUGAAAGAAACCAUCGUGAAUCACAUAAUGAUUUACGGGAAAAAAAUCAUGUGAAUCAGGAAACAAGUGUGCUUACCUUUAAUCGUUGGGGGUGCAGAGGCAAAAAGAAGAGAGAAACACCUGUUAAGAGCGAAGUAAAAAGCUACUGGGUUGUUGGUGGAAAUGGUGCUGGGUUGGAAAUUUCAGCAAAAAGAAUUCACAUUCAAAGAGCAUAUGACGCAAAACCUGUGAAAUUAAAGGGAAAGGAGAAAAUUGGUAUUAGAAGCUUGACACUUAAGAUGAACCAAGCAGAAGUGCCACUGCCUCCUAAUCCGUCACCCUCUUUAGAGAAGGAGUUGUGUGUAGUUAGUGCAACCGAAAAGCUUGAGAAAGAUGACACAAAUAGAUGCCAAGCUGAGACUGAAAGCAAAGAUCCGAACAAUUUAACUCUUGAAAUUGUGAUUAAUCCUCCCGAGGAUCACUGGGAAGGCAGUGAUGAUAAUCAAUCGGUUUCAGACUCUGGGUGUCUCAGCCCAUUUAUCGAAGACUUUGAAUACGAUUUUGAAUCUUCACCUAAAACCCCAGAUAGCUUUGGGUCAACACAAAAAAGCACGGAAAUUUCAAAAGACAAAAUGUUUCUUCCUGUAGCGAAUGGCUUUAGCUCAAGAAGUUCGUCUGUUCUUGAGGACAUCAUUGAAGUUGAAUAUGAAAGUGACUUGGAAGAUGAACUAACGCAAUAUAAUGUCGUUAAUACGUAGAAUAAGUAAUUUCAUACACCUAAUGUAUGCUAAUUUAGUUAAUUUGUUUGUAAAGUUAGUUGGGAAGCUUGAAUAAACAGCAUAAUCUAUGAAGUUUUGUUCAGAAUAAUAAAGAAGUAUGAAAUUAAUAAAACGCUUUUUCUUAUACCUAUACAUAACUGUUUUUAACACGACAGCAUGGACUGGUUGGUUUACAAAAUCUGGCUUUACAACAUGGCUGUGCAUUGGUUAUGACAGAACUAAUGACAGAAGUCCUUUAGCAGACUUUAAACUUCUCACUGGACUUAUCUCGACAAAAUUUUAACAGGUUUAGCUGACUUUCACUUUUAUUUCAUGUUGUUCAUUCAAGUAACAUAGUGAAAAGUCAAAUAUAUUAAAAAUAGGAGAAAUAGGAGAACAUGUGUUUUUAAUACAACACAUAUAAGAAUUCUCGGCCUAUGACUCUAUA